GCUCUCCCCCACCACCUGUAUUGGGACCCCCCAUCGUAUCCCCCAUGCUUCCUGCCACAGAUCCCCAUCCCACUCAGGGCCUGCCUCCCCGUCCACUCCCCCAGACCCCCCAUCUCUCUCUCUCUCUCCCCCAGGUUAUUGGCUGUAGGAGCCAUGGAGCAGGGCACAGCCUGUGACCCUCACCAGUCCCCUCCCCCCUGUGCCCCCCAGGGGACCCCCCUGACCAUGACAGCAGAGAGGGCCGAGUUGCUGGUGAGCACCUUGGCCAACACCGCCCGGCUGGUGCACAGGGCCGGAGAGGCCUACAAAUCUGCCCAGCUGGCCUGUUUCCACGCGGGGCAGGUGCUGGCCCAGGCAGGGGAGGUGCUGUCUCUCUCCAAGCAGAGCUACCUGCAGGCCCGAUGCCUGGGAGAUGGGCUGCUGGGGUCCCUGCCACAGUCGGACUAUCAGGGGCUCUUCCGGUGCCUGGCCCGGCCCCCCCUGGCCUACGAGGAGUUCAAAGCGACACUGCGCCGGGCCGAGAGCACCCUGCUGCACCCCGUCUUCCAGAGCACAGGGUCCCCCCAGAGCCAGCAGGCACCCUGCCCGGACUGCCACACCCUUUCAGGCUGCGCCCAUGACUGCACCCUGUGCAGGACCCAGGAGUCCAGGCCCCAGGGAUGCCCCUAUGUCAGGGAGAUGGACGAGGACAGCCCGGAGGAGGAGGAGGGGAGGUCACUGCAGGUCCGAGGACGUGACCCCUCCCGCCACAGACAGGUGGAGGCCGUGCGGCUGGAGGACCAGAUGGGGGGGGGCCUUUGUGACCCAGCGGCGCCGCUCCCCCCGGCGCUCCCCGUCUGGGGGCCUGGAGGGUCUGUCCCCCCUGGUCUCAGAGCAGGAGCUCAGCACCAUCCAGCCCCUGAUCCACUGCCCCUCUCGCCAAGGGGGGCCCGGCAAAUUCCUGAGCAAAGUGACCCGUCGGGACCGGCCCCCCUGCGAGAAGUCGGACAGCAACACCGACCAAUCAGAGACCGUGGCCAAGGCCACCGCCUAGUCCUGCCCCGCGCCCCCUGGCAGGGGCCUCGAGUGUAAUAAACCCGGGCCCCCCCGGUCUGUCCGCCGCAGCCGCCCCCACGGCUGAAAUGCAGCCGCCGCUGGGGUGGAGCGUGGGGGGAAGCAGGCCUCGGAGACCCACUCCCAGGGCCCUGGCCAGGCUGCCGAUGCCCUCGGGCCGCCCCGGCCUCGGCCAGCCGCCCCAGGGGAUCCUGGGAGGUCAGCCAGGCCGGGCCCGGGGCAUUCUGGGAAAUGGGCCAGGCCGGCCCUGGGGGAUUGUGGGAAACGGGCCAGGACGGGCCUGGGGGAUUCUGGGAAACAGGACUGGCCUGCCCCGGGGCAUUCUGGGAAACAGGCCAGGCUGUUCCCUGGGGAUUGUGGGAAAUGGGCCAGGACGGGCCUGGGGGAUUGUGGGAAACGGGCAAGGCCUGCCCUGAGGGACUCUGGGAAACGGGCCAAGACGGGCCCGGGGGAUUGUGGGAAAUGGGCCAGGCUGCGCCCGGGGCAUUCUGGGAAACGGGCCAGGCCGGCCCCAGGGGAUCCUGGGAAGUUCUUUGCGAGCAUCACUUCAUCUCUGCCCCGAUUGGGUAGCUGGGUGUCACAUGAUUUGCGUGCCGGAACCGGAAGUGGCGACGUAUUCAAAAUGGCGGCCUUCUCCGGACGAGGGCAGGGCAGGGCCGCUCUAGCCAGCAGCCCGCCAGGUGCUCUAUGGCUGAACCUGAGUGACGCCACCCGGCCACAGCAAGGGGGGGAGAAUGGACCAUCCCGGACUGAACCAACUGGGGGCUGGAGUGUGACACCCCCUCGUCCGUAAGAGGAGGGUGAAACCCCCUCAGAUGAAACGGUUCCUCCCGAAUGGGGCUCAUUAUCCCCCCGCCGUCGCAAACCCCGUUCCCACCACCGCCCUCCCCCCCCAGGGCAGCUUGGUACAGCCCAACAGGGCCGUGGGGGGUGGGGCGUAAGAGUCCCGGGGAUCUUAAAGGGGCAGCGGCCGUUUGUUCUUCCCGCUCUGCGCCACAGCAGGGCUGGUGCGGGGGGCAGGGCUGGUGCCCCGUUGGCUGGGGGGGACCCCAGGGCUGGUGCG